CUUGCUAUCUGACAGACAAGCGCGUUUUGUAUUACGAUAAAAGAAAAUUGUGAUGUAAAAUAGAGAAUAAUAAAUGUUUGUUGAUCAUAAUGGCGAAUCCUCGAAAAUUUAGUGAAAAAAUUGCUCUCCAUAAUCAAAAGCAGGCAGAAGAAACAGCCGCUUUUGAAAAAAUUAUGCGUGAAGUUUCCGAUGCAACCAAUAAGCCUGAGGAAACUCCAAUACCAGCACAAUAUGGGAUGAGCAGUGGCCGAAGUGGUGGAACAUCCCCAUCACGGACACCAAUACAAAGAGGCAGGGCAUCAUCUUCUGUUGGUCCUAUGAGACGACCUGCGGAUCGAAAACACGACACUAGCCCUUAUGGAAGCAACGUCUAUUUGAGUCCACCACCGGACAGCAGUUGGAGGCGUACUAAUUCAGACUCCGCGCUGCACCAAUCGUGCGGCGAGGUGCAGCAGGCCGCGCCACCGCUCUCCCCGCACCACCCGCUGCACUCGCACGCGCACCCGCAUCUACAUCCACACCAGAACCACCGAAGAGGACCAGAUAUCCACCUAGAUGUGUUGGCAACACUAGGUAUGAAUCCCACAAAUCGUCCCCGCUCGUCUUGUGAAAUUCCAAGAAUACCAAACAAUAACAAUGUGUACGAGAGCGGCGGGGACGGCGGGGGCGGCGGUGGCGGCGGCGGGGGCGCGGGCGGGCUGGUGUGCGGCGAGCUGCAGGUGCCGGGCGGCUCGCUGCCCGACCUCACCGCGCUGCACUACCCGCCGCACGCCACACACACCGCGCACUACCUGCCGCACCGGACCUCGCCCGACUACCACCCCAGAUAUAGCCCGAGUUCGCCGGGUGCGGUGUCCCCCGGCGGCGGCAGCGUGUCCCCUGCGACGGGCGGGCUGUCCCCCGCCUCGGGCUCGCCGGUGGGCGCCACCGUGCCCACCGCCGCGUCCGCCGCCGCCCCCGCGCCCGCGCCCUCCCUGCGCACGCACGAGCACUACGACGCACAGGUCAGUGCGCACAGAGACUACACGCACUACAGAGACCCCGCGGCUACGAAUCACUUAUCUGUACCAAACACAAAUAAUUACCUUCAUCAUAAUAAGAACAUGUCCCCGCUGGACCACACGUGGAUGACGUCAGGCUACCAGUCGCACUGCAGUCCGCCCUCGCAAUACUCCUCAACCUCCAAUAUAAACAUACCAUCUCCUACUAUGCACAGUCCGGGCAGUCCGGUGGAGUCUCCGCAGACAGACUACAAUAACCUGCACCAAGCGCUCUUACAGCCUUUCGAACAAAUCACUAUGUUGGAUCCGCCGACGUCGAGUUACAACACGAGUUACAUCAACCACAGUUCACCUCACUCGCCGCAGUCAACCAAUUCACAACUUACGUAUUCACAGGCGUCGCAUAUGCAACACGGGCAGCAUAUGCAGCACGGGCAGCACGUGCAGCAUGGGCAGCACGGGCAGCACAUGCAGCACGUGCAGCACGAGGCGCGGCGCGCGCGCGACCCCGUGCCGGGCGGCGGCGGCUACCCCCCGCUGCCGCUCGCCUCGCCCUCCGCGCACACCGGCCCCGCCACGCCCGCCAGCAUACCUGACAUCAUACUCACAGGUCGGCCCCACGCACAUCACUAA